AUGGCGGCGGCGGCGGCGCACAGCGUGCGGGUGCUGCGGGAGCUGAACCGGCAGCGCGCAGCUGGGCAGUUCUGCGACGCGACGCUCGGUGUGGGCGGCCGCGAGUUCCGCGCGCACUGGCCGGUGCUCGCCAGCUGCUCCCGCUUCUUCCGCGCGCGCGGCCCCGGCGGGCCCGUGGCGCUGCCCGACGGCCUCGCCGACACCUUCCAGCUGCUGCUCGACUUCUUCUACACGGGGCGUCUGGCGCUCACGGCGCACAACCGCGCCCACCUGCUGGCGGCCGCCGAGCAGCUCGGCGUGCCCGACGCCGUGGCGCUGUGCCGUGCCUUCCGCCCGCGGCCCCGCCGCGCCGCCGCCGCCGCCACCGCCCGCCCGGAGCCCGCGGCGGCCCCGCAGCCCGGCGGGCAGGCGGUGCGUGAGGGGAGCGGGAGGGGGACGGCGGGGCCGGGGCCCGGCGGGGGCGGCGCGGUGACGCCGCUGUUCCCUCGCAGGGCUCCCCCUCAGCCCCGGAGGGCGGCGGUGGGUGGCGGCGGGCGGGGGGACGGCGACGCCGAGCCCCUUCCCGAGGAGAAGGUGCUGCGGAGCAAAAAGAGCCCCCCCGCUCCGGGAAAGGCGCCGGGGAGCAGAAAAGGUACAGCGGUGCCGGUCGAGUGCCCCACAUGCCAUAAAACGUUCCUCAGCAAAUAUUACCUUAAAGUGCACAACAGGAAACACACUGGAGAGAAGCCAUUUGAGUGUUCCAAGUGUGGCAAAUGUUACUUUAGAAAAGAGAAUCUCCUGGAACACGAAGCCAGGAACUGCAUGAACCGAUCGGAACAGGUAUUCACGUGCUCAGCCUGCCCAGAGGUGUUCAAACGGCGGAUGGAGCUGCGGCUGCACAUGGUGUCACACACUGGGGAGAUGCCAUACAAGUGCUCUUCCUGCUCACAGCAGUUCAUGCAGAAGAAGGACCUGCAGAGCCACAUGAUAAAGCUGCACGGUGCCCCCAAGCCCCAUGCGUGCUCAACCUGCUCCAAGUGCUUUCUGUCCCGGACAGAGCUGCGCCUGCACGAGGCCUUCAAGCACCGUGGGGAGAAGCUGUUUGUGUGUGAGGAGUGUGGGCACAGGGCCUCGAGCCGCAACGGCCUCCAGAUGCACAUCAAGGCCAAGCACAGGAACGAGAGACCCUACGUGUGUGAGUUCUGCCACCACGCCUUCACACAGAAAGCCAACCUCAACAUGCACCUGCGCACGCACACGGGCGAGAAGCCCUUCCAGUGCCACCUCUGCGGCAAGACCUUCCGGACACAAGCGAGUCUGGACAAGCACAACCGGACGCACACGGGGGAGCGGCCGUUCAGCUGCGAGUUCUGUGAGCAGCGUUUCACGGAGAAGGGGCCGCUGCUGAGGCACGUGGCCAGCCGGCACCAGGAGGGGCGGCCCCACUUCUGCCACAUCUGCGGGAAGACGUUCAAAGCGGUAGAACAGCUGCGUGUCCAUGUUCGCCGGCACAAGGGAGUGAGGAAGUUUGAGUGCAUUGAGUGUGGCUACAAAUUCACACGGCAGGCUCACUUGAGGCGCCACAUGGAGAUCCACGACCGAGUGGAGAACUAUAACCCUCGGCAGCGGAAGCUGCGGAACCUGAUCAUCGAGGAUGAGAAGGAUGUGAUGGUGGUGCUGCAGCCACCACCAGAGCUGGAGGUGGGCUCAGCCGAGGUGAUUGUGGAGUCGCUGACCCGUGGGUCGCUGCCUGAGGAUGUCCCUGCACAGAAACUCUGCUCAAAUGAGAACUUCUCCCCUGCGGAUGUGAUUGAGCAAUCACUGAUUAUAACUACAACGAUUCCUGAAGACUGUGAGACGUAGUGUG